UAAUUUAAUUUCUCACAACACUCUCUCUCCCUCUCUCUCCCGCUUCUUUCUUAGCAUUCGAAAUACACAGAGAGAGUCACCAAAGACUCCUCAAUUAUAAAUAAAAACUCUCUCUCACUAUAUAUAUAUAAACACCCAAACACUCACACAAAUCAAAUUAUUUCUCGUUUUCUCUUUCUCUCAGAGCUCAGAGUUUAAGAAGCCGAUUCUCCAAGUGAGAGAGAGUGUGAAACCCUAGCUUUGUAUUUAGGGUUUUGGAGGCUCUUGCCGAUUUAAGAAUGGCUUUGGAGAUCACCCAGUUCCUACUGUCUGCUCAGUCACCUGAUGCAAAUGUCCGUACUGAAGCAGAGGCCAAUCUUACACGAUUUCAAGAGCAGAACCUUCCUUCCUUUCUUCUCUCCUUGUCAGUUGAGCUUGCGAAUGAUGAGAAACCAAUUGAAUCCCGUAGACUUGCUGGUAUUGUGCUUAAGAACUCAUUAGAUGCUAAAGAUGCUGUUAGAAAGGAGCAUCUUGUUCAAAAAUGGAUGGAAAUUGACAUUUCCAUUAAAUCCCAAAUCAAAGAUUUGCUCUUGAGAACUCUUGGGUCAGCUGCAACAGAGGCAAGGCACACUUCUGCACAAGUGAUUGCUAAAAUUGCUUCUAUUGAAAUUCCAAAGAAGCUGUGGCCUGAGCUAAUUGCAUCCUUGCUUACCAAUAUGACUCAUCAAGAUAGGCCGGCCAGUUUGAAACAGGCAACAUUGGAAACUCUUGGAUAUGUGUGUGAGGAGAUAUCCCAUGAGGAUCUUGUGCAAGAUGAAGUAAAUUCUGUGCUCACUGCUGUAGUGCAAGGGAUGAACCUUGCUGAGCACAGUCCUGAAGUCCGUCUUGCAGCGACAAAGGCUCUAUAUAACGCUCUAGAUUUUGCGCAGACCAACUUUGAAAAUGAUAUGGAGCGGAGUUACAUCAUGAAAAUGGUCUGUGAGACGGCCAUUUCCAAGGAGGUGGAGAUCCGGCAGGUUGCUUUUGAGUGUCUUGUUUCGAUAGCAUCAACAUACUAUGAGAAGCUUGAGCCUUACAUGCAGGCUCUCUUUGAGCUUACAUCCAAUGCAGUAAAAGGAGAUGAAGAGGCUGUAGCCCUCCAAGCAAUCGAGUUCUGGAGUUCCAUUUGUGAUGAAGAGAUAGAGCUUCAAGAGUAUGAGAAUCCUGAGAGUGGGGACUCCGAGCCUCCUAAUUCCCAUUUCAUUGAGAAGGCUUUGUCGUCUUUAGUUCCUAUGUUGUUAGAAACUUUACUGAAGCAGGAAGAAGACCAGGAUCAGGAUGACAGCAUUUGGAAUUUAUCCAUGGCUGGUGGGACUUGUCUUGGUCUUGUUGCAAGAACUGUUGGGGAUGCUAUUGUGCCCCUUGUGAUGCCUUUUAUCGAGGCUAACAUAUCAAAGCCGGAUUGGCAUUGUCGUGAGGCAGCUACAUAUGCCUUUGGCUCAAUCCUUGAAGGCCCAACCAUUGACAAGCUCACUCCCUUGGUCCAUGCAGGUCUGGAUUUUAUGCUUAAGGCAAUGAAGGAUGAAAACAACCAUGUCAGAGACACUACUGCUUGGACUCUCAGUCGUAUUUUUGAGUUAUUACACUGUCCAGCUAGUGGAUUUUCUGUGAUUUCUUCUGAGAACAUUAGACAGGUUCUUUCAGUAUUGAUGGAAAGUAUUAAUGACACUCCAAAUGUAGCAGAAAAGGUCUGUGGGGCAAUUUAUUACCUUGCCCAGGGAUAUGAGGAUGCUGUACCAAGUUCCUCUCUUCUUACACCAUUCCUUACAGAGAUCAUCACUUACCUUAUUAGGACUGCUGAUCGUACGGAUGGUGGUGACUCUAAGCUCAGGUCAUCUGCAUAUGAAACCUUGAAUGAAGUGAUCAGGUGUUCAAAUGUUGCAGAGACAUCUCGCAUCAUAGAACACCUGCUCCCUGUCAUUAUGAAUAAGUUGGAGCAGACACUACAGCUUCAGAUUGUCUCAACAGAUGAUAGGGAAAAGCAAGGUGACUUGCAAGCUUCUCUUUGUGGUGUUCUUCAGGUCAUUAUCCAGAAACUUAGCAGUACAGAUGAAACCAAGUCCAUAAUACUACAGGAAGCAGAUAAGAUUAUGACAUUGUUCCUGAGGGUGUUUGCUUGUCGUAGCUCUACAGUGCAUGAGGAAGCAAUGCUUGCAAUUGGUGCGCUUGCUUAUGCCUGUGGACCAAAUUUCGAGAACUAUAUGCGUGAGUUCUACCCAUAUUUGGAGAUGGGACUGCAGAAUUUUGAGGAAUACCAGGUUUGCUCCAUCACUGUUGGGGUGGUUGGUGACAUUUGUCGUGCAUUGGAUGACAAGGUCUUGCAGUUCUGUGAUGGGAUCAUGAAACACCUUCUUAAUGAUCUCGGCAGUAAUGAACUGCACCGGUCUGUCAAGCCUCCCAUAUUCUCUUGCUUUGGGGACAUUGCACUUGCCAUAGGAGAGCAUUUUGAGAGAUAUGUCUCUUAUGCAGUAACAGCGAUGCAGCAAGCUUCCCAAAUCUGUGCGCAGAUUGAUCUCAAUGAUGAAGAGUUUAUGGAGUAUGGUAACCAGCUCAGGCGUAGCAUCUUUGAAGCUUACUCCGGUAUUCUCCAAGGUUUUAAGAACUCAAAGCCUGAGGUGAUGUUGCCAUAUGCUGCACAUCUCUUGCAGUUUAUAGAACUGGUCUUCUUGGACAGACACAGAGACGAGAGUGUGACAAAGGCUGCAGUUGCUGUGAUGGGUGAUCUUGCAGAUGCACUUGGUCCGAACACAAAGCUCCUGUUUAGAGAUCGCGCAUUCUAUAUUGAAUUUUUGGGCGAGUGUCUUCAAUCCGAUGAUGAACAGCUCAAGGAGACUGCAACUUGGACCCAGGGGAUGAUUGGACGUGUCAUGGUUUCAUGAGAUGAAGCCAAGCCGGCCGUGUUUGCAAGUAGAGAGGUAGUCUGUUAAGUAGUGUUUUUAAAUAUUUCUCCUUCUAAAUGGGUCUAUUUUUCCCUAGUCAUGGGUAAAGUAAAGCUUAAGCGAACUUGAACGAAGUUGAGUUCAUCAAUGUGCCCUGCGUAUUGCGGAUUUUUGAAUUGUGAGAAACUUCGAAAAUCCGCUGUUAGUGGGGUUAGGGAGGGAACGUUGUCAAUUCCAUACUAGAUGGGUGGCCUGCGACUGUGUUAUUGAACGUUGGUUUAGUUCAAUGCGUCCACUGAUCGGUGGUUUGUUGAGUUA